GCCGUUUCUCCAUUUUGCUGCUGCAAAUACCCAGGAAACAUUUGUUCGCUCAAUAUGGAAAUAGCUGGAGUUACUUUGGGUGCCAUUCCUUUGAUUCUAGUCGCCCUCGAGAAGUACGCAACAGUAGCGAGGAUUUUGAAAGACUAUGCCGACUACGAAGCUACGCUCAGCAGGCUCCAGAUAACUCUCUGGAUACAAGAAGAGCAGUACGACGAUACUAUGGAGUCGAUUGGUCUGAAUGAUGUUUCUCUUGAUGAUGUCGAAACACAUUUGCGCCAAAGACAUCCACACAAAUGUGACAAGUUCAUGAGCAUAAUCAGACGCAUCAACGCCACAGCGGAGAGAAUCGCAGGUAUGCUUGAGGUCGGAACUCCCACAAAACCGAAGUGGAGACAAGAAAGUGAGAAGCGCUUCAAGGCGGAGAUGCAGAGAAUACUUCUGAGUCUGGACCUGGAGGAUGGCGAGUUAAGACAACUGUUCAACGAGUUGAGCGCCCUGAACAAAGCAUUAAAGAACUGCUUCGGGAAGAUGGAGGUCCCGUCAGCAGAGACGGCCGACAAUCGUGUCGUCAAGCGCUUACAUGCAUGCUUCGACGCCGAUCAAUGUGUUACUGCUAACCAAAAUGCUCGACUUUUACACGGCGCGUUUCAGGCUGGGUGGGGCUGUACAUGCUCUGUGGCCCACAAAGGCUGCCUGCGGUUGACCUGGCAUGCAGAAAAGUGGCUGUCUCCGGCGAAGUUCGAGAUGGCUUUAUCAUACGCAAGUACACCGUCUGGGGCGGCACAUGAACUUUGGAGACAGUUCAAGGUAAAUGUAGAGGAUGUAAGGCUACCGGUGUCGAUGCCACCUGCCACAGCUCCCAAGCAAGUGGCGCCAGCCAAGUCAGGGUUGUUGGAGGGAGUCAGCAAAACACUUAAAAGAGUGAGGAUCCAGGAACAUCCAGCUCCAGUCAAGGGUCAUUCUGCAGUAAACACACCGGUAUCAAUACCAGCAGCCAGUCUAGCUCGUACACCCAGUCAGAUAACAAACCUUUGCUCGGAUAUCCGACACUGUGCCGAUACCGCAAUAGAACUGGGAUAUUUGGUACACCCGGAUCCCGCUUUCACACAACAAGUUCGACUUCACAGUACACUAGCAAAGCCAUCUGCCAUUGUCGGCUCCCAUGCGUUGAUAGGGCAAGCGAAGAAAGCACGCCUCGGACGCAAGCGGCGAUUCGAGGUAGCAGCAUCUGUAUGCUGGGGUGUGCUCCUCCUUGCAGAUACCGACUGGCUCAGUGAGGACUUGACCAAAGACGAGGUCCAGCUCAUGACGAGCACCUGUAAGACUCAUGUGCGAGACGGCCUGGAAGACACGUAUGUUUCGUGUACUUUCGAGGGCUCGGCUUCGAACAUGAACCAACCGCCACCUACUACAUCGCCCCCGCGAAGCUUCAUACGAAACCGGACACUAUUCGCCUUAGGCGUACUGCUGAUGGAGCUGUGUCUAAACCGGGCGUUCCCAGCGCUCAGGAAUGAGUUACAGGGGAACACUGCACCCAUAAAUCCUGGAUCGACAACGGUUGAGGAUAUAGAUGAAUGUCUGGAAGAAGUGUACGACGAAGCCGGCGACGAGUACGGCUAUGCCGUCCAAAGAUGUCUGCGUUGCGAGUUCCCAGGCCCAGAUCGUCAGAAGACUUUCCAGCAUCCACCGUUUCGGACACACUUCUUUCGUGGAGUAGUAGCUCCUGUUCAAGCGACGUAUGAGAUGAUCUCGAAUCCGACAGUGAUGGUAGUCUAGGCAUGUGAAUGCAUACCCCCAAACGUACACCAAGAGUAGCUACACUACCAAAGGAACACUGCUCCAGUUCAAGCCUCAAUGAUAUCCACCAAGCAUUAAUAAGGCCUUAAAGGAACACAUGAGUCCUUCAUUCCCAAAGGCUGAUACAUAGUGCGGUCCCACUUCAUAGUCUAGUUCACUUUU